AUGGAGGCGGAAGACAUGGCCCGAGGCGCGGCCCCAGGGCCCCCCCGGCCUGGCCUGGUGCCUGUCAGCAUCAUCGGGGCUGAGGACGAGGAUUUUGAGAAUGAGCUGGAGACGAAUACAGAGGAGCAAAACAGCCAGUUCCAGAGCCUGGAGCAGGUGAAGCGGCGCCCGGCCCACCUCAUGGCCCUCCUGCAGCAUGUGGCCCUGCAGUUCGAGCCGGGACCCUUGGUUCUUCGAGUACCAGUGCCUCCCAGCGUCGCCUUUGAACUUGACCGCACGCGGCCCGACCUCAUCUCCGAGGAUGUCCAGCGACGGUUCGUGCAGGAGGUGGUACAGAGCCAGCAGGCGGCCAUCAGCCGUCAGCUGGAGGACUUCCGCUCCAAGCGACUCAUGGGCAUGACGCCCUGGGAGCAGGAGCUGGCCCAGCUGGAGGUUUGGGUUGGACGGGACCGAGCCAGCUACGAGGCCCGGGAGCGGCAUGUGGCCGAGCGGCUACUGGCCCACCUCGAGGAGAUGCAGCCUACCAUCUCUAAUGAUGAAGAAAAGAGUGCCGCUGUGGUCAGCGCCAUCACCCUGUACAUGCGCCACCUUGGGGUGCGGACCAAGAGCGGGGACAAGAAGUCGGGGAGGAACUUCUUCCGGAAAAAGAUGAUAAUGGGCAAUCGGCGAUCGGACGAACCGCCCAAGACCAAGAAAGGGCUGAGCAGCAUCCUCGAUGCCGCCCGCUGGAACCGGGGAGAGCCCCAGGUACCGGAUUUUCGACACCUCAAAGUUGAGGCUGAAGCCGAGAAGCCGAGCUCUACAGAACGGAAGGGAGGCCUGGUGGUGCCCUCUCGGGACCGGAACGUUGGGGCCCCUGGGCAGGACACCCUCGGAGUCUCUCUGCACCCUCUGCCCGGAGACAGCCCAGACCGAGAACCAGGUGCUGACCCCACGCUGGACCUGGGGGACCCACCCCCACAGGGCCCGGCAAGCCUGGAGCCCCUGGCACCCCCAGAGAGCACCGAGGAGGGUGGUGACACAGAGAGCCCCGAGCCCGGAGAUGAGGGGGAGCCAGGGCGGUCAGGUCUAGAGCUGGAACCAGAGGAGCCCCCCGGCUGGCGGGAGCUAGUCCCCCCAGACACCCUGCACAGCCUGCCCAAGAGCCAGGUGAAGCGACAGGAGGUCAUCAGUGAGCUGCUGGUGACGGAGGCCGCGCACGUGCGUAUGCUCCGGGUGCUGCACGACCUCUUCUACCAGCCCAUAGCAGAUGGCUUCUUCUUCUCCAUCGAGGAGCUGCAGAACAUCUUCCCCAGCCUGGACGAGCUCAUCGAGGUGCACUCCCUAUUCCUCGACAGCCUGAUGAAGCGGAGACAGGACAGCGGCUACCUCAUUGAGGAGGUUGGAGACGUGCUGCUGGCCCGGUUUGAUGGCGCUGAGGGCUCCUGGUUCCAGAAAAUCUCCUCCCGCUUCUGCAGCCGCCAGUCUUUUGCUUUAGAGCAGCUCAAAAACAAACAGCGCAAGGAGCCCCGAUUCUGCGCCUUUGUGCAGGAGGCUGAGAGCCACCCACGGUGCCGCCGCUUGCAGCUGAAAGACAUGAUCCCCACAGAGAUGCAGCGCCUGACCAAGUACCCUCUGCUCCUCCAGAGCAUCGGACAGAAUUCAGAAGAGCCUGCAGAACGGAUGAAAGUGGAGCGGGCGGCCGAGUGCUGCCGGGAAAUUCUGCACCACGUCAACCAGGCCGUGCGUGACAUGGAGGACCUGCUGAGGCUCAAGGAUUAUCAGCGGCGUCUGGACUUGUCCCAUCUUCGGCAGAGCAGUGACCCCAUGCUGAGCGAGUUCAAGAACCUGGACAUCACCAAGAAAAAGCUGGUCCACGAGGGCCCGCUGACGUGGCGGGUGACCAAAGACAAGGCUGUGGAGGUCCACGUGCUUCUGCUGGACGACCUGCUGCUGCUGCUUCAGCGCCAGGACGAGCGGCUAAUGCUCAAGUCGCACAGCCGCACGCUGACGCCCACGCCCGAUGGCAAGACCAUGCUGCGGCCCGUGCUGCGGCUCACCUCCGCCAUGACCCGCGAGGUGGCCACCGUGCUGUCCCUAAAACAGCUCCUGUUGCCUGCGGAGGAAGACAGUGGGGCGGGGCCUCCCCGAGAAGGGGAUGGGGUCCCGGGUGGUGGCCCCCUGAGCCCAGCACAGACCCAGGAGGUCCAGGAGAAGCUGCUUGGCCUAGAGGAGACCAUGAAGCAGUUGGAGGAGCUGGAGGAGGAAUUCUGUCGCCUGCGACUCCUCCUGUCUCAGCUUGGUGGGAACACUGUUCCCCAGCCUGGCUGCACCUGA